ACCGAGAGGAGACUCAGGGACACUUGGGCACCAGCAGGUGCUACACUCAGAAGAUUGUCACCUUUCUCCCUUCCCCCUGGCUUCCUGUUGGGACUUCCUCUCAGUCCUGUGACACCAAGACCCUGACACUUACCCCAGAGAUGCUGCUGCUGCUGGCCCUGCUGUGGGCAGGGUCCCUGGCUCAGGAUGAAGGAUUCUGGCUGCAAGUGCCGAGGUCUGUGACGGUGCAGGAGGGCCUGUGUGUCUCUGUGCCCUGCACCUUCUUUUACCCCCAGGAUGGCUGGAAGGAGUCUACCCCUGCUUAUGGCUACUGGUUCCGGGAAGGGGCCAAAACAGACAAGGAUGCUCCUGUGGCCACAAACAACCCCAAUCAUACAGUGAAGAACAAGACCAGGGGCUGAUUCUUCCUUGUUGGAGAUCCCAGGACCAAAAAAUGCUCCCUGCACAUCAGAAAUGCACAGAAGAGGGACACAGGGAGAUACUUUUUUUUGGGGGUGGAGAGAGAAUCCUAUGUGAAACACAAGUUCAUACAGAAUCAGCUUUCUGUUCAUG